CUCCUCGGCUGUUUCAUUGUGCGUUUCUGUGCGUGGAGGGAGCGGAGUUCAGUUCGCCAGGGGGGAUACGUUCGUGACAAAUCCCACGGAAUAACGCUUUAAAAGAGUUGGAUGAUCUGGAAACAUCCGCGCAGAUUAGUGGAGGACGCAGGUCAGGAUGUUUCAUUUUCUUGGAUGAGAGCCGCCGGGGGACUUUUGCACCGGGACCGCUGGGGCUGUGAGGAGCGGUGAAGUCACCGGGGCGCUCACCCACCAGGAGCGGCUGAGCGCGCCCGGCUGGCUGCGGGGGAGGGUGGCGGUCACCGGUCACCGCGCGUCCCGGGGUCUCCUGAUGAUAACAAAGCGCCUGAUCAGACGAAUGACUUUCUAUUCUGGAAAUAUUUUCGUCUUGAACCAAAACAUGUUUAAGGAGUUUUUCCCCUUGAAGAAGCUUCGGCGGAAUGGCAAAUAUUUUCUGUUUGCCGCAAUUCUCCUCUUUGCAGUUUUGGCAAUUUACCAUGAAAUGCUCGCUGCAAGAGGGCAGAUCGAGGAUGUCGGUGGGUAUCCUGAAAGCAACAACCUGAGGAGAGAUGUGCUGAACCAAAAGGUUAGAAGAGACGAUCGGCCAGAUUGGGUGGAGGACUCGGCGGCUUGGGUGUCCAGCUUCACUCCGCAAACAUGGAAACCAGAGUUUAAGGGACAGGCCAAUCUGCAUGUGUUUGAGGACUGGUGCGGCACUUCUACCGCAGAGUUGCGCAAGAACCUGCACUAUCCUUUGUAUCCACAUUCCAGGACCACAGUCCAGAAACUUGCCGUUUCUCCCAGGUGGACCAACUAUGGCCUCAGGAUAUUUGGCUAUCUACAUCCAUAUGCUGAGGGAGACUUUGUGUUUGCUAUCAGCUCUGAUGACAACUCAGAGUUUUGGCUCAGCACAGAUCACUCCCCGCGCAACGUGCAGCUGCUGGCCUGGGUUGGAAAGACCGGCUCAGAGUGGACAGCCCCAGGGGAGUUUGAGAAAUAUGCCAGUCAGACCUCCAAACCAGUUAAGCUUUCUUCUCAGAAGAGAUACUUUUUUGAAGUUAUCCACAAGCAAAACGACAGAGGAACUGACCAUGUGGAGGUGGCUUGGCAACUGUUGGACCACGUCUUCGAAUUCAAGGUUAUUGAAUCUAAGCACAUCUCUCUUUAUGCUGAUGAGUCUGACUUGCUGCUGAGCGAAGUUGCCCACAUACCACAGACAGCCGCGAGCCACCAGAACACUCCCACAAAGCAGAGCAGCGCUGCAGCAGAUAUGCUGAGGGAAGACCCGAGAGACUCGCUCUACCAAGUCCAUCUGAUUAACAGCAAGUUCCUCCAAGGCGUUCUUCCUGAUUGCACAUACAACCCCACCUACACUAUCAAAGACUACCCUCUGCUUCGUUACCAAGGACUGCAGUUUGUCCAUAUGUCCUAUAUCUACCCAAAUGACUACACCCGGCUCACUCACAUGGAGACAGAAAACACUUGCUUCUACCCUGAGAGCUCCUACUACAAGAAGAUGUAUGGUUUUUCUAGAUAUAUGAGAUUUGAUCGCCUGGAUAAACACAAAAAUGGAAACACAGGCAGAGAUUUUGGUUUGCAGAAUAGGAAUUCAGUCCAGGAGGAGGAGGAUGACAACGAUGCCAACGAGGAAAGGAAAGAAACAAGGAUCGACCAGAUGAAUAACAAUGUGGACCCAGACUAUGGAGAUGAUUACGAUGAUUAUGUGCAGAACCGUAGGCGCAAACUAUUCUCCUUUGUUGCACAGGAUGCUAAUGAGACACUGGAAAAAUCCCCUGAUGAGAGAGGACAUAUAGAGGACUUUGAGAAAAGAAAAGAAAAGAGUGGAAUUUCCAAACUUAAAAAAGAUCUAGGAAAAGCACCUAAGGAGGUUUUAAAGCAAAGUAUGCACCAAAACAGGACUGAGGAAAAACAAGAAGUCUUAAUUGAAAAAAGAGAACCAGUGAAAAGAAAGGUCAGACCAGUUAAGAAACGCAAAGUCAAACCAGAGCAAACAAAUCCUCCACUACCUGUUGGUAAAGAGAUUAAAGCAAAGCAACAACCAGCCGUUCUGCCACAGAAACACACCCCCAGGCAACGCCCACUGCGGAGAGCUCAAAAAACAAACCAUACUCAAAUACGAACAUUCAAAGACCCACAGGUUGAAAUCCGGGAUAGGCAUGCUGCUGUGCCUCAGAAAACCAAUGUAACCAAUAAGCAGAAUCUUCCAGACAGAAAGGCGUUUCAUCCGGCCAUCAACAGCCAUUUUACCACCCCCAGCAGAACUGGCAAAGAAUUUAUCGUAAAAUCAAAUGAAGUGGAAACUGAUCCCAGAAAAGGCCUCAGAGAAAAGGAGAUAGAGCUGAAUAAGCCUCUAAGGCAAGACCUGGACAAUCAAAUCAAUGCCAAUAACAUGAAUGAUAGAAGAAAAAAUGAUAAAAAGUCGUAUUUGAGGGAAGAUGGAGGUCCCACAGACGAGGGAGACACUGAUCAUGUCAGGGCUGAAAGCAGAAAAAACACAACACAGGGAGAUGGAGACUCCAUGUGGGAGCAGCAAGGAGACUUGCCUAUUGAUCCAGACGAGGAGGAUCAGACUCCAGCGCCAGUAUUCGAUGCUAAGGUCAACUGGAACCAAACCUUCCAGGUGGACCAGCUGGACCUCCAGUCACAACGUUCUGACUGGAUUGACCUAAACUGCAACAUCUCUGGAAACAUGCUGCUAAACCCCAGCGAUGCUUUGACUGUGGUUUAUGCCUUCAUGGAUCAUCUUAAUGCAAAACACAACGGGCGAUUCACAUUGAUCCGUGUGAUCAACGUUGUGAAGCGUGUGGACGGUUACAGAGGAAGCCGCUACCUCCUGGAGCUGGAACUGAAGGAUGCCAAUGGCCAGCUGCUCCGCUUGACGCAUUACAUCUAUGCUCUGAUUCACCACAGCGAGCAAUGGAGUCAAGACUUUGCCUUUCGUCGCUCGAAGCCUCAACUGGUUCUUUGCAACCCGGUGGGGUUUCGCUGGAAUCCCGGCGCCACCGUUCAUUUCAUAGUGCCUGUCAAAAAUCAAGCUCGCUGGGUGCAGCAGCUGAUUACAGAUAUGGAGGAAGUGUUCAGACAAACCGGAGAUUCAAACUUCAACCUGAUCAUCACAGACUACGACAGCACAGACAUGGAUGUGAAGCAGGCCCUGCAAAAAUCCUCACUCCCCAGGUACCAGUAUGUGAAACUGACCGGAAACUUUCAACGUUCGGCCGGUCUGCAAGCAGGAAUCGAUUUAAUAGAUGAUGACCACAGCAUCGUUUUUCUUUGUGAUCUCCACAUCCACUUUCCUUCUUCAAUCACUGACACAAUCAGGAAACACUGUGUGGAGGGAUACAUGGCUUUCGCUCCCAUAGUCCUCAGACUGAACUGUGGCAGUACACCAUCAGAUGCCAGAGGUUACUGGGAAGUGAACGGCUUCGGUUUGCUGGGAAUCUAUAAAUCUGAUCUGGAUGCUAUCGGAGGAAUGAACACCAGGGAGUUCAGGGAACGAUGGGGAGGAGAAGACUGGGAGCUCCUUGACAGGAUCCUCCAAGGUGGACUGGAAGUGGAGAGAAUCUAUUUGAGGAACUUUUUCCACCACUAUCACUCCAAACGAGGCAUGUGGAACCGGAAGAUGUCAAUGAGCCAAGUGUGAUCCUCAUCCAGCUGCGACGCCUGGGCUUUGUCACGCCUACAGCCGUGGACACCAAAGCACUUUAAGGCUGGACUAUGUCUCCUGCUGCGUCUGUGUCAAACCUGCUGACCAUCGGAGACAGACAGAGACAUUAGAUCAGCUACUGACUUCAUCCACUCAGGCUGUUUGAUGAAUGUGGUAGCAGUGGAGCUUAUUGUUACCGAGGUGAUGCUGCCCAGAGUUUAUUCACUGGAUUCCCUGCUGACUACUACUACUGUAGCAGAUGAUAAAUGGCACUGAGUUUAAGCUCCCGCCAUUCACCCUGCUGCCUGAUGAAAUGCUAGUCUGCAUCAGAGGCUGAAAGCAAAAAAAGGAAUUUGAUCCAAAGAUGAAAACAGACCCAUACUUACACUCCAGGAAUGUAUGCAAGAACACCCAAGUGUCCUUUUUUGUUAUGAUCAGCCUGGCACAUGAGUCCUAACUGGCGGACAAAAGGAUGGAAAAGUUCAUGUUUGGUUUGUCUAUAUCUUAAAAGAAAGUUUAUUUUGUAAAGUACAGAUUUAAUAUUUAUAAAAUCAGUUUCUAGUUGAGGUUUUAUUUGCACAUAUAUUUGCAUAGAGUUUUAUUAUUGCUCCUCAAGUGCCCUGAUGCUUGGUGGCAUCCUAUUGUUAUCUGGAUGGUAAACAGCUGUAACUAACAUUUGACUUAAUGUUGCACAGACAAGUCAUUCAUGUGUUUAAAUUCCAGAUUUAUUAUUUUUAUUAUUUCAUUCUUGAGAUGCGUAAGACAUGUUGUUUUAUUUUAUGUAAAGCAAAGGAAACCCACAUAAACCAGAGGUUAUUGAACUGGUCUUUGGUUGUAAAAGCAUUUCUGAUUCCUUUAUAUCUACAACUUCUGACCAAAGAGGAUAUCCGAGUGAUGACUUGCUUGGUGGACAAAUAUUUAUAUAUCAUUUUUUAAUUGCAUUAGUUAAAAAUAAGGUUUUGGUGUUCGGCAUGACAGAAACAGAUUUAUCUACAACGACAGAGUUUGUGUGCACAAACAAGGAAUUUGUCUUUGGUUUUCCAUCUUAACAGUACAAACAGCAACAAUAAUAAAAUGUGACUUAAAGGGAUAAAAGGAAAAUACAAUAGGAAAAACAGGAUAAAUCUUGUAUCUACAAGUGUGUGCUAUUAUACAAAUAAGUAAAAGAGGGAAGGCAGUUUGUAAUAAUGCAACAGACUUUAAUUGGUUAUUUUAUCGUUAGUCAGGACAGUCUAUUAAACAU